UUCAGGGUCAGCCUGGGCUACAUGAAACCGUCUCAAAAAGAAUGUGUUUUAAUGUGUGGGGUAACAUCUCAAGGUCUUUAAGAGGAGGUUCUCAGAUGAGUAGAGGCUUGCGAUCCCUGGGUAUUGUGCAUGGUUUGUAGGGAUUAUCAUCUUGUUUGCUUUGACUCACCGCUGGGGAAGAGAGCUGACGCUCACCCAUUUUGUGUUACAGUUGGCAGAUGCGCUACCUGAACAGUCCUCUGCCAAAACGCCUGCUGUGACCAACACAAAAGCCGGCCAUUCUCCUCAGGGCUGGCCAGGCUCCAGCCCUUGGAGUAAUCCAAGCGCCCCCCCUGCAAUGCCGUCUGGACUCCCACCGAGUAGUGCAGCACCCUCUACUGUGCCUUUUGGACCAGUACCAACAGGAAUGUAUCCCUCCAUGCCUCCAGCCGGACCACCCCCAGGACCCCCAGGACCCUUUCCUCCUUCUGGACCAUCAUGUCCCCCACCUGGUGUUCCUUAUCCAGCCCCUGCUGUGCCAGGCCCUGGCCCCACAGGGCCAUAUGCUACACCAAAUAUGCCCCUUCCAGAGCUACCUAGGCCAUACGGUGCGCCCACAGAUCCAGCUGCAGCUGGUACUUUAGGUCCAUGGGGAUCCAUCUCUUCUGGACCUUGGGCACCAGGAAUUGCGGGGCAGCAUCCUAAUAUGCCGUAUCGAUCUCCAGGGCCAUACCCCACUGUUCCUCCUCCAGUGUCGGGAGCACCGCCUGUUCCGUGGGGCACUGUGCCACCGGGAGCCUGGGGACCACCGGCACCAUAUCCUGGCCCUGCAGGAUCAUACCCCACGCCAGGACCCCACCCUACUCUGAAUAAUCCUUACCAAGUGCCUUCAGGACCUGCUGGUGCUCCACCAAUGCCUGGUGGCCCCCACAAAGUGAAUGAAGUCCCAGGUGGCUCCCUUUCUGAUGAUUCUGACCAGAAGAGCUCCCCAGAGUCCACUGGACAGGUGAAGAGCUCCCCAGAGUCCACGGGACAGGUGAAGCUUCUGAAGGCAGAUGACAAACCCGUCAGGAAAAGACACCCCAAGAGGAAGAGGAAGCCAGUAACUUGGGGAGACAUCAAGAAUUUGACUUAUCAAGCCGAGACCUUGGGGAAACAACAAGGAUACAAUACUAAUGACCCAAAAAUGAUGCUGUUGUGUUUGAUAACUAUAUUACAUGUUAAUUCUCAGCAUGACCGUUCAGAUCCCAAUUGACUGCUUGGAGGAUAGUGCAAUGUUGGUCUGCCAUGCUAGGGUUGUUUUUUUUCAAUCCUUUGGGACCACUUGUCUGGACAAAAGAUGGCAUGCAAAUAUUUAAUUGCACAUUUUGGUGGGACUAAUCUAAUUGAUCAGCCCAUUCACAAUAAUAACAGGUUUGAGCAUAACUAAGUACUUUUUUAAAGGCUCUGAUAAUGGGAAUUAGAGUUACGUGAAGAUUAAAACAGGAAUUACUGAUGUUGAUAUCGCUUACUCAAGUUGAUACUGUUGUACCUAAGUGACACCGCCUGUUACCAGAGGUUUAGAAAAUAACCUCUGGCUUCCUGUGCCACAUGGCAGUCACCAAGAACAGUCGUCUAUCAGAAGAGACACCAGUGGUCUAUUCCUAAAUGCUUUGUUUUUCUUAAGACUUAACUUAUUAUGUAUACAGUGUUUUGCCUGCAUGUAUGCCUAAAGGCCAGAAAAGAGCGCCAGAUGGUCGGGAGCCACCAUGUGGGUGCUGGGAAUUGGACUCAGGACCUCUGGAAGAGCAGACACUGCCCUUAACCACUGAGCCAUCUCUCCAGCUCCUAUUCCUGGACUCUUAAAAGGAAAUUUAUAUGGCACAGGAGUUACUCAAACGAAUUAUUUACAAAUGACAAGACAGAGUGCCCAUAUUGGAAGGGAUUCCCCUGAUAGUCCAGUCAGUGGUGUUUUGUUUCCUUUUUUGGUUUGGUUUUUCACAUUGUUUAUGCUUUAAAUGUACUUUAUCCCUCCUUGUUGCAAUUUCACCCCAAUCACACUCUUACCUCUGGUAAACAACCGCCUUUGGGGUGGACUUUUCUCCCCUCACUUAAGAAAGUGCUGCUUGUACUUCCCUUCCUUCAGGUUGUAACGGUUUGUGUGGGUUUGUGUGGGUUGGGCCACGUCGCAUCCACUUUGCAGUCGAGAGCAGAGCCCUCCCUGAGAAGUGUGAUGCUUGAUUGCGGGCUGCAGUGCGAGCGGCCACUGUGGCUUUUUUAUUGCCAGUUCCAGAAAUGGUUACUGUAAUACAAAGACAUUUCAAAGAUGGCCUGUAUGAUUAGUAAAACUGCUAAUAUACAACAAACAUAUUAGCAGAAAUCCGCCAAUACAGGGGAAUUGAGAACCACAGUUUACAAAAUUGAGCUGCUGUAGAUUAUCUGUUGCUCAGACUUAAUCUUAGCUGUCAGCAGUGUUCUGGUCUGUGGUACUUUAAUGUGUCAGGCUUUUCUCAUACAGUCGGUUGUCAGUGCUUUGCAUAAAGAGAAAAUCUUGCAGGUACCUUUGAGUGGCCGUCAGUCAUAGUUCAGAUGGCUCUCCUCUUACUUUGAUCCUCUGUAAGCUGUCCUUACAAUCUGUUAUGCUUGCCUGUAUUAGACUAGCUGUGCGGACGGUCAGAGCUUUUGACCUCUGCCACAAUUUUCUCCUUAAAAAAAUAAAAAGGCGGGUAGCUGUGGCAGCGCCAGGGGAACCAGGAAUGUUAAACACACAGGGUUGUCUCCUCUAAGGAGGAGAUGUAUAACCUGUUUCCUCCCAGAAGACUGGGAGUAGAUGUGGUUAAUAACUGGUGACCUUUGUGCUGUCUGUGUGGCCAAGACCACACUGAGCCCUGCCCAGACACUUAUAGUAAACUUGUGAAUCUAUAGAAUGCAUCUUUAUGGAAAAUGUCAUGUGUUUUUACAGUGUUAUGUAGUCCUGUCUUAAGUGCCAUUGUGCACAUGGACUGAGUUAUUGCCAGGGAAUUUUUCACCAAGUUGUGCUGUGCUUAGAUUUGCCCAAACUACUUAGGGUGGGGCUCUGCAGCCAGCUACUGCGUUGUGUUGAACGAGCUGCCUUGCCUCCUGCACAUCGCCACUUGUCACCUCUGCCUGGGGCAAGCAAGCCAUGUGUGCUGGAUGAGCCACUCACAGAAAAAUCCAUGUUUUCUAUAG